CACUAUACACAGAGUCCAGCCUAUUCCUUGUACCUCUGCUAUGUGCUGGGGGGACUCCCAGCUGCUCUGACGCUCCUUCUCCUCCUAUAGACACUCUCCAACCAUAUAAGAAAAUUCAAUGGAUCAGGAAUAAGCUCCUUAGCUGGGUUUGUUUAGCCUCUGCUACUAAGCGUUCACCAGCUCUGUGUGGUGCUUUUAGCUCUGACUGACCCUUUUGGAUUUCAGCUCAAGGCCAUUAGCCUCUUUAAACUCCAUGCAAACCCUUUAGAAAUUAUGUGUACAAGCCACUAACCGCUGUGAGGCAGGAAUUAGAGUGGGAGGAUCACCUGCCCUUUUGCAAGACGACAGCCUCUGUGAAGCAAGAACUAUAUUGUGAGGGAAGGCGAGAGAGAAAGAGUCCUGCACAAGUUCUCUUAUUGCUAUGCACUCCAGAGCUUACUUGUUGUUGGAAAGAGAGUAUAUGGAGUAUAAAGAAGCCAACAUUUUUGGCAUCUUUGUCACUCCUACAAAGGAUAACUUGCUGGAAUGGCUAGCCGAAGUCCAGGGACUCAAGGAUUCUCUUUGGGAAGGGGCUGUUCUCCAGCUGUCAAUAAAGUACACUGAAGAGUACAAUAGUGUCCCUCCAACUCUUAUAUUUAACACCAUUCCAUUCCAUCCCAAUGUGGAUCAACAUUCGGGGAGACCUUGUAUAGAUUUUCUAGACAAUCCUAAAGAGUGGAAUGGAAAGUUAACGAUGAGUAGCAUUUUACUCGCUAUCCAGGUAAUGCUUUCUAAUCCAGAACUGGAAAAUGCAGUGAAUGUGGAAGCAGCAGAAAUGCUGAAAAACAACAUAUCCUUGUACAGACAAAUGGUUAUACAAUGUGUUAGAACUAGCCAACACCUAGAAGACCUUUCUAGCACUGGGGAAGAUUGUGCUGCUUCUCUGAAGUAUUACUUGCCAUCUGAAACAUCUUCUCUGGGCCAUGUCAGAAGGAUUACAACCAUUUCGUUUGAAGAUUACCACAGGAUGUGGUCAGGAAUAGCCACAUCAAAAGCAGCAGAACAUUUUAAAGCCCCAUUGUUUGAAGAUCCAACAUUUAUAGGGAACUGCUAUGGCUGGAAGGCAAAAAAUCUGAAAGAAACAGGAGAAUGGGAUGAGAAUACAUACAAUGCUAUUGUCUCUCAACUCAUCAGAAAGCAAAGGCAACAAACAAUAGAUGAGAAACUGAUAGAAAUUAGGAAAGUGGAACAGGACAACAACCUGCUUUACCAAACUCCAGUACCAAAAAGUCAAGCAGCAGGUGAAAAGAGACCCCUCAGUAAAGAGGAAGAGCCGUGGGAGAGUGAAGUGGACAAUCUAGUAGCCUGGACUAACACUCUUUGUACCAAAGGAUUAGAGGAUUAAACUGUGAUAUCACACAUACAGACACGGAAACACUUUUUUCUUACCAUUUAACAAAAGACUUCUGUACCAUUCCUAUGGGGUGAAUCCUCAGUUCUCACUCACUCUUUAUUCAGGCAAAUUCCUAUCAGCUUCAACGAGAAGGUGAGUAAAAACUAAGCAGGAAUCUCACCUCUGUGAACUAGAUUAUUUGCUGAUACCUGUGCCACCACAUUGGCUUCAGUGGACUUGCUGUGGAGUUACCGGUUGGAUCUUAUUACAUCUCUCUAUUGGUGCUGCACGAGAUGGAACAGACUCUGCAGUGCACUCUCUUAGUUGUGUUCACUCUAGAGGACUUAACGGAGUAAAAAAUGGGUUGGUCAUUACAGACAGAAGAUCUGCUCUCUCUGUGUGUUUGGCAUCAGAUCUAUUAAGAAGAGACCAUUCCUCCAUAAUCAUUUUUAUAGUCAAACCACACUUUAAGGUUCUGUCUUUAAGCACUCAAAAAACAGAAAAUGGCAAAGCUAAUGUUGUUCUUGUAACCUUAACUCUGACCUUUCAUGCUUAUAGGGUAUGAUGCAGCCUUUAAUAUACGUGAUCCCUGAACCAAUGUUAGCUGAGAAAGGAGUGAAUGUUGUACAGCUUCUGGGAAAGAACUCAAUGUGUCUCUUAACCCUAACUUUCUGGCUUGUCAAUAGUGGCCUUAUCUAGGUUAUAAAGGCAGCUCAGUUUAGGCCUACUAGUCUGGUGGUUAAUAGUCUGGUAAAUCACAGGUAUGUGAAAAAAGAGGGGAAGGAUUCAUAAAGGAAGAAAUAAGGCCUAUGGCCUUAAUCCAUGCUACCUAGAUUUCAAGACCCAAUCAGGUUCUCUUAUUCAGCUCAGCAGGGGAUUUGCUGACUUAGGGACUGCAGAGUCAGGCCGAUAAAACCAUCUAGUUUUUGGUGGAGUUUACAAACGUUGUAGAUUCUAAGCUGCUUGAGCCAGGGACUGUCCUUUUGCUCUGUGUCUGUAUGAUGCCUAGUACCAGUCCUGACUGGGGCUUCUAGGUACUACUAUCAUUUAACUAAUACUAGUGGUGCACUGUGUGUCAUAGGGGAACCUAAAGCCAGAGAAGACUGGUAAGGGGAACAAAUGAUAGUUUGUGGUGGAAUCAAUUAGAAAUGUCAGUUAUUUGGUAAACUUUGAAAAAUAUUUAGAAUCUAGUACAGCUUCUCCUCUGUACAAUGAGGAUAAUAGACUUCCCUUCCUCACAGGAGUGUUGUGAGGAUAAACACAUGAGAUAUUGUUAGGUGCUCAGCUAUUACAGUGAGGGUGGGGGGCUGUGAUGAAGCAGAUAGGCCCCACACUGGCAACGAAAGGGUUAAUGAGAGCCUGGGGAGCCAAUGAGCCCCAUCCUACUACACUGGCAGCAAAUGUGAAGCAUGAAGAGGGGAGUUAAAAGGAGGAGACCGAGCUCCCUCAAAUCUGCUUCUCUUGCUGUGAGAAGCCUGGCUGCAGCCCAGAGACUGAACUAGCUUGUCAGUCAGACAAGGCCCAUUAGAAGGGACGACCAGACCCUGGCAGAUCAGCUGAAGUAUGAACUGUUUGAAGACAAGCCCUGAAUAGAAGGGAGGGUCGCACUGAACGUUCAUCAGAAAACCCAGUUUUGAGCUGUGGUUUCUUGUUCCUGAUUUCUUUUGACCUCAGCAGCCUGGAAGGGGUAGGUCUGAAGUGUGUCUUAGCUGGAAGGACAGCUGGCCUACUGUCAAAGACCUGUGGCUGGGUGAGUCGUGCCCUGAUGGGCCACGAGGGCACACCACAGAGGCACGCCCAGUCACAGGGGCAUUGUAAGUACCUAAGAUAGAUGGAUAGCGUACUGAACUGGGACGUAAAUGACCUGGGAUCUCUUCCUGGCUCUGCUGCUACCUAUUGCAUGCUGUGGACAAUUCACCUCUUGGAGCCUUUGUUUCCUGUCCCAUCCUUUGUUUGCCUUUUCUAUUAUGAUUGCAAACUCUUUGGGGUGAGGGUCUGUCUCUCUCCAUGUGUUUGCACACUGCCCACCCCAAAGGGGCUCUGAUCUCAUUUGCGGUCUCUAGAGAUCUGUAAAAAUGCAGGCAUUUAAGUUAAAACUUGUUUCUAAGACAAAAUAACAUACAUUUGGAACUCCCCAAUUACUUUCAUAAACUGUAGGCUUCCUUUAGAAGAGCUAACAUUUCUGUUUAGUGCAUUUUAUAGCCUCUAUUUACUUAGGAAGUUUCAUGAGUUCUGAGAUCACCCAACUUAAACAAGGAACAUAGCUGUGGGAGGAACAAAGUUUCAAGCUGUGCAGAGCUACACAUGCACAUCUGGAAUGAUUUAUAAACUCUUUUGCCGAAAAUAAUAUAAAUAUUUCCACACACUGCAGUCAAAGGACAAGGAAUAGUCCUGGAAAAGAAUUAGCCCCAGCAGACUUGCAUUUGAAGAGAGGGGAAGAUCACUGUUGCCCUGAUGUUGACCAUGUCCAUUCAGACAACUCUGUACAUGGCUUUAGAAUGCAGAGGGAUACCGGACUGUGUGAAGCUGUAGUUAGAAUUUCAGUUUGUGAAUGCACAUCUUAUUUUAAUUCUGUCGAACAUAUGUGGAAAAAUGAUCUCCAGCAACAAUUGCCUUCUAUAAUUUUCAGUAUAAAUCUAGCCCCAAUGUUUCUAGCAUAAAACAUGUCAGGGCUCUGCAUUGCAAGUUUGAGAAGUCCCUUAAAUUUUGGAUCAGAGUUUUUAUGGGCUCUUGUGUGUGACCUUUGUUUCAUAUGCCAUAUGUUGUAUGGGGGGUGUUCUCCCUACAAUGCAUGUGUGCGAUGCUAUGCGCUCAUAUCAAGUCUAUCUGUAGUGGGGAGUAAUGGGAUACCCAGUCAGUUGUGCAUACAGAGAGAAACUUGCUAAUUAAUUGGUUUGUCUACAUGCAUUAGAUACAAAUCAGCCAAUAAUGCUGUUUGGACCCAAUUCUGAUUAUACAUGCAUUGACUUUACACCGAUAUAAUGCUAGUGGAAUUACUUCAGCUUUACGCUGGUAUAAGUACAAUCAGAAUCGGGCUCUCUGGUUUUGCUUUUAGGGUUUUUUUAAAGCACAGUAUCCUCUAGAUGGCGCUAUAUUACUAUGUAAUACACAAACUGUUGCAUCCUCUUCAGAGGGAUCUGCAUUUUAUCUGUCUAUUUUUAGUGACGUCUUGGGUGUUUCUGUCUUUAAUUGUUUAUAACUAUAACUCCUUAGCUAUUUAUUUGAAACAGUGUAUCCUUUGGUGUGGAAGGAUGUUUAAUGCAGCAUAGUGGAAUGUCUCUGUGACAAAACUUCUGUUGUGCUUUAUCAUGGCAAGUAAAGAAAGUUGAUCACAUGCAUGUCGGUUCCCUUAUGCGUGCUCUCUCUUUUAAAUAAGUUUCACCCAGUAGGAACAUCAGAUUCAAUAGGGUUAUCAUACGUCUGGAUUUUCCCAGACAUGUCC